AUGUCCGGUACUUCUGGUAACAACUAUCCUCAGAGGCAGCAUCCUUCAAAUCUUAUUGACCCUUUCGACGAUUCUGUCGAAACUUCCCAAAGUACUGACAAUUUGUCAGUCCCGCAAGCUGCUGCUAUACCAUCUUUUAGACCUUACUUCUCUCAAAGUGAUAACACUUCUUUUGACCCUUACUUCAACGAUUCUAUCGAGGACGACGAAGAGCAGGUCCCUUUGUAUUCCGAGUCUGCGGGACUUACGCGUCAGAUUACCAACAUGUCCGCUUAUUCCGAGGCAAAUCUUCCCCUUACCUCUGGCAACAUUUCUCCAACCGCUUCUGUAGGAGUUGGCGAGCACACUUUCAUGAGUAGUAAAACUGAAAUGUCUAGUGGUGACGAGAGUCCUAACGGUAGCGGAGAGCGAAUAAUACAUAUUAAUUCCCCAACAAAAAAUUCUCAAAAAUUUCUUCAUAAUAGAAUUUCAACCACUAAAUAUAAUGCUUUUACAUUUUUACCAAAAUUUUUAUACGAACAAUUUUCAAAAUAUGCAAAUAUGUUUUUCUUAUUCACUGCUUGUAUUCAGCAAAUUCCAUUUGUUUCACCAACAAAUCCAUUUACUACACUUGGUACUUUAAUAGUCGUGUUGGCUGCUACUGCAUGUAAAGAAAUUUUGGAAGAUUAUAAACGGCAUCGUUCUGAUUCUGAAGUAAAUCAAAGAAAAUGUAAAUAUCUUGAUCUUUCAGAAGAGACAUAUGUAGUAAAAGAAUGGAAUCGAGUAAACGUUGGUGAUAUUAUUCGGGUUGAAAGUGGUGAAUUUUUUCCUGCUGACUUAAUAUUACUCAGUAGUUCUGAACCUGAAGGGUUAUGCUACAUAGAGACAAGCAACUUGGACGGAGAAACAAAUUUAAAGAUAAAACAAGCUGCGAGCGAAACAGCACAUUUUACUUCUCCAAUAGAAACUAGCCGUUUAGCUGGAUAUAUUAAAUCCGAAACACCUAAUAAUAGCUUAUACACAUAUGAUGGUUUACUUGUGAUGAGUACUCAAAGUGGUCAAAAACGUGUUCCUUUGGAUCCAACACAAUUACUACUUAGAGGUGCUCAAUUAAGGAACACUUCAUGGAUUUAUGGUAUUGUCGUUUUUACAGGCCACGAGACAAAACUCAUGAGAAAUGCCACUUUGAUUGUCACAAUGGAGGUCGUCAAAUUCCAACAAGCUUUAUUAAUUAAUGAUGAUUUAGAUAUGUACUAUGAAAAGACCGAUACCCCUGCUUUGUGUAGAACUAGCAGUUUGGUUGAGGAGUUGGGUCAGAUUGAAUAUAUUUUCUCAGAUAAAACCGGUACUCUCACUUGUAAUGAAAUGGAAUUUAAACAAUGCUCUAUAGCUGGAAUGGCGUAUGCUGAUCAGGUUGAAGAGGCAAGGCGUGCCCGUGUUGUUGAUGGUGUUGAAGUUGGAUUUCAUGACUUUAAACAAUUAAAAGAAAAUAUAAGAAAUCAUCCAACAGGAAAUGUAAUCAAUGAAUUCUUGUCACUUCUAUCUAUAUGCCAUACUGUUAUUCCUGAACGUAAAGAUGACAAUCCUGCCAAUAUUGAAUACCAGGCUUCAUCCCCUGAUGAAGGUGCCCUUGUUAAAGGUGCUUCGGAUUUAGAUUAUGUAUUCACGACGCGGCGACCAAAAUCUGUAAAUGUACGAAUUAAUGGUGCGGACCUUGAAUAUGAAAUUCUUAAUAUUUGUGAAUUUAAUAGUACACGUAAACGUAUGUCUACAGUUGUUCGUGGUCCAGAUGGAAAAAUAAAAUUGUAUUGUAAAGGCGCUGAUACUGUAAUUUUGGAACGUUUAAGUGAUGAUAAUCCAUUUGUUGAACAGACAUUACAACACCUUGAAGAAUAUGCUACUGAGGGACUUAGAACUCUUUGUAUUGCAAUGCGUGAAGUUUCAGAUGAGGAAUAUCGAGUUUGGUCUACUGUACACGAAAAAGCUGCUACAACUAUAGUAAACCGUCAAGAAGAACUUGAUAAAGCUGCUGAAAUGAUUGAAAAAGAUUUGUUUCUUUUGGGUGCUACCGCAAUUGAAGAUAAAUUGCAGGAUGGCGUUCCAGAAACAAUUCAUACACUUCAACAAGCUGGUAUUAAAAUUUGGGUCCUUACAGGUGAUAGACAAGAAACUGCUAUAAACAUUGGGCUUAGUUGUAAAUUAAUUAAUGAGGAAAUGACUUUAAUCACUGUCAAUGAAGAAAGUCAUUGGGAAACAAAGGAAUUUUUGGAAAAAAGAAUUCAUUCAGUUAAAGAUGGUCGAACACUUACAUUUGCUCUUGAAAAAGAUAUUGAAACGACUUUUCUUGAGCUUGCUACUAUGUGCAAAGCGGUUAUUUGCUGCAGAGUGUCACCACUUCAAAAAGCUCUUGUUGUAAAACUAGUGAAACGUCACCUUAAAGCUAUUCUUCUAGCCAUUGGUGAUGGUGCAAAUGAUGUUCCAAUGAUUCAAGCAGCCCAUGUUGGUGUUGGAAUUAGUGGUCUUGAAGGAAUGCAAGCAGCUCGUAGUGCAGAUGUAUCAAUCAGUCAAUUUAGAUAUUUAAAAAAACUUCUUUUAGUUCAUGGUGCAUGGAGUUAUCAAAGAUUAAGCAAAUUGAUUUUAUAUUCGUUCUAUAAAAAUAUAACAUUAUAUAUGACACAGUUUUGGUACGCAUUCCAAAAUGGAUUUUCUGGUCAAGUAAUUUACGAAUCCUGGACUAUCACAUAUUACAACGUUCUAUUUACUGUAUUACCACCGAUAGUUAUGGGUGUAUUUGAUCAAUACGUAAGUGCAAGAAUGUUGGAUCGAUAUCCUCAACUGUAUUCAUUAGGUCAAAAGAGUGAAUUCUUUAAUGUAAAAAAUUUCUGGGGAUGGGCACUCAAUGCCUUUUUCCAUUCUCUGAUUUUGUAUGUAAUAUCAAUAUACGUUUUUCAAGAUGGUUUGGUUUUAACCGACGGACAGUUGGCUGAUCAUUGGUUCUGGGGUACGGCAUUGUAUACAGCAGUUUUGGCAACUGUUUUAGGAAAAGCUGCAUUAAUAACAGACUUAUGGACGAAAUACACAUAUAUUGCUAUUCCUGGAUCAUUUGUUUUUUGGAUAGUUUUUAUUUUUAUUUAUGGAAUGAUUGCGCCAAGAUUUAACAUUUCAGAAGAAUAUUUUGGUGUUAUUCCUAAUUUAUUCACAAGUCCUAUAUUUUAUUUAUUCAUCGUGGUUGUUCCAGUUAUAUGUUUAUUACGAGAUUAUGUGUGGAAAUAUUUAAAACGCAUGUACUAUGCAAGGACAUACCACACUAUACAAGAAAUCCAAAAAUUCAAUAUUCCCGAUUAUCGUCCACGUAUGGAACAAUUCCAAAAAGCGAUACGAAAAGUCCGUGCAGUACAACGCUUGCGAAAAAGUCGUGGUUUUGCAUUUUCUCAAAACGAAUCUGGUCAAGAAGCACGUCUUAUCAGGGUAUACGAUACUACUAUUUCGAAGCCAAAGGGUUAA